AAGCGAGAAAAAAAUAUUAAUACUUGAAUGACUACAGAUGUAAUUUACAUAAAAGAGAUUGGCCUAGGCACGCAAACUUAGGCUUUGUCCUUUUUAUUCCAGUGAACGUUACAAGUUGAUUCUCACAAUAGAGCUCAUAUCUGAACAUGGAGUUUUCAAAAAAAUCUCAGGUGUUUGAGACACUGAUCUCGGCUAUAUUUUUAUUGGAACUACUGAGACCGAAUGUAGCUGAAUUUCGAGCAGUGGGGCUUGCGACGAGCACCAUCACGUUUCGGGCGCUGAAUUGCCGCAAACAUAGCGCGGUAUUGACUGAUUUUGGUGGGAUCGGUGAUGGUAAAACAUCUAACACGAAGGCGUUCGAAGCAGCGAUUAUGAAUCUAAGCCAAGUGGCGCCGGACGGUGGUGCACAGCUUAUUGUGCCGCCAGGGAAAUGGCUAACUGGAAGCUUUAAUCUCACCAGCCAUUUUACGCUUUUUGUACAUAAAGAUGCUGUUAUUCUUGGAUCUCAGGAUGAAUCGGAGUGGCCGCCUGUUGCUCUUUUGCCUUCAUACGGUAGGGGAAGGGAUGCCCCUAGUGGAAGGCUCAGCAGCCUUAUUUUUGGCACCAACCUCACUGAUGUUGUCAUUACAGGUAAUAACGGCACCAUCGAUGGCCAAGGUUCAUAUUGGUGGAAACUGUUCAGGGACAAUAAAAUGACUGUUACCAGACCUUACAUGAUCGAGAUCAUGUACUCGAAACAAGUCCAGAUAUCGAAUCUAACGUUGGUUAACUCCCCAUCAUGGAACGUUCAUCCCAUAUACAGCAGUGAUAUAAUAAUCCAACACUUGACGGUUUUUGCACCGGUUGAUUCGCCCAACACUGAUGGAAUAGACCCAGAUUCGUGCACGAAUACCCGAAUCGAAGACAGUUUUAUCGUCUCUGGAGACGAUUGCAUCGCUGUUAAAAGUGGCUGGGAUGAAUACGGAAUCAAAUUCAACAUGCCGACCAAACAACUAGUGAUCAGAAGGUUCGCUUGCAUUUCCCCAAGCAGUGCCACCAUUGCUCUCGGGAGCGAGAUGUCUGGCGGAAUUGAAGAUGUAAGAGUCGAGGACGUAACGGCGAUUAAUACGGAAUCCGGUGUGAGGAUCAAAACUGGAGUGGGAAGAGGAGCUUACGUCAAAGACGUUUACGUUAGGAACAUGACGUUGAAUACGAUGAAAUAUGUGUUUUGGAUGACGGGUGAUUACGGCUCGCAUCCGGAUGCGGAGUUCGACCAAAACGCGUUCCCUGUGAUCAAAGGGAUCAAUUAUAGAGACAUUGUGGCCGAUAACGUCACCCAAUCGGCACAACUGGACGGGAUCGGAAAGCAUCCAUUUACGGAUAUUUGCAUUUCCAAUGUCAACAUCAAAUUGGCUGCAAAGCCAAAGGGGGUGCAAUGGAACUGCAGUGAUGUUCAAGGAGUUACCAAUCGUGUGAGCCCUGAACCAUGUAACUUGUUGCCUCGAAAGGAAAUUGAUUGUCCCUUCGCUAAGGAUAGACUGCCCAUUGAAGAUGUCCAGUUAAAAACUUGUUCGAUCAGCGGAAACUUUUAAUAAUUUUAUCUAUUUUAUAGUUUGAAAUUAGUCUUAUUAAAGUGCAGCUAAUAUUAUAAAA